AAAAAAAAAAAAAAAAAAGGAGGAAAACAACGUGAUCCGUGUCAAACAAAAGAAUCUGUGGACUAGAAGGCGGGAGGGAAGGGAAGCAGCCUACCUGCUGGAAGUGAGCCUCUUGAGAUUCACGCACGUAUAUAAAUUUAGCUCUGCCUUUGAUGUUCUGCAACUGAUCACUGAUCAGAUUACCGGGCAUUUCAUCUCCCUGCUCCUCCGCCUUUGAUCUGCAUGGUUAAUUUUAUUUUCCUGGAUUUGAAGUUUCGUCUGGGCUUGUGCUGACAUACAUUUUUGGGAAGGUAGAAGCAUUUGGCACAGAAGGGCUGCCAAGGAGAAACGGAGCUGCCGACAGGACCUCUUGAACAACAAAUACACUCAAUAAGAGCGAUGGCUUUAAAAGUGCUACUAGAACAAGAGAAAGCAUUUUUCACCAUUGUAGUUUUACUGGCCUCUUUGGCAUGUAAAGUGAUGUGUGAAACAGGAGACUGCAGACAGCAAGAAUUCCGGGAUAGAUCUGGAAACUGCGUUCUCUGCAAGCAGUGUGGGCCAGGCAUGGAGUUGUCCAAGGAAUGUGGCUUUGGCUAUGGCGAGGAUGCCCAGUGCGUGACGUGCCGGCCGCACAGGUUCAAGGAGGACUGGGGCUUUCAGAAAUGCAAGCCCUGCCUGGACUGUGCAGUGGUGAACCGCUUCCAGAAGGCAAACUGCUCUGUCACCAGCGAUGCCGUCUGUGGGGACUGCUUGCCAGGAUUUUAUAGGAAGACAAAACUGGUUGGUUUUCAAGACAUGGAGUGUGUGCCUUGCGGAGACCCCCCUCCCCCUUACGAGCCGCACUGUACCAGCAAGGUCAACCUCGUGAGGAUCCCGUCCACAGCCUCCAGCCCCCGGGACGCAGCUCUGGCCGCUGUCAUCUGCAGCGCCCUGGCCACCGUCCUGCUAGCCCUGCUCAUUCUCUGUGUCAUCUAUUGUAAGAGGCAGUUUAUGGAGAAAAAACCCAGCUGGUCCCUGCGAGGCCCGGACAUUCGGUACAACGGUUCUGAGCUGUCGUGCUUGGACAGACCCCGGCUCCGCGAGCCUGCCUCCAGAGCGUGCUGCCAGUGCCACCAGGACUCGGCCCAGCCCUGCGGGCCUGUGCACUUGAUUCCGUCCCUGUGCUGUGACGAGGCCUGUAGCACCAGCCACAUGACUCUUGGCUGUGGGGCACACUCCCAGGCCGCCCUUCAGGAGAGAAACGCGGGGCCCGUCCGGGAGACGGCGCCGGCUGGCUUCGGUCCCCUCUCGCGGUCCGUGUGCGGCGAGUUCUCCGACGCCUGGCCUCUGGUGCAAAACCCCCCCGGCGACGACGGCUCUUCCUGCGGCUCCUGCCCUGAGCUCGCUGGAGAAGACGCUCAUUCUCUCAGUCCAGAAAGUGAAAGCCUGGCCUCCUGGGAUUCACGCAGCGCUCCGGAUUUGGAUGGUGGAACCCUCCCCGUGCAAGCUCAUUCUGAAAACGUCACAGAAACCCCUGACUCCCCUGGGCAGGGCAGCGCACUGACCGAGCCGGUACCCACCCACUCGGGGCACGCUGGCGGCGAGAAGCCAGCCCGAUCCCGGGGGCGGCCUCGCCCCUAAGCCGGCCCCCCCGCCGCCCCGCCGGGACGCUUAAAGGACUUGCUUUUUUCUGCAAUGGAAGUGUACAAAUGGAACCCAAGGGCACUCACUCCUCCGCCGAGUCUUAUAGACUGAGCACAGUCUGGAUCCUGCAUGGCUUCUGGGGAAAAAAAAUAAAUCUGAACCAAACUGAUGGCGCUUUAAGCCUUUCAACCAGUUGCUUCUGAGCCAGACCAGCUGUAAGCUGAAACCUCAAGGAAUAACAAGAAAAGACUCCAGGCACUCAUGAUACUUUGCGUCUUUCCUAAACAAGAAGCUUCUAUGCCUCAGGCGUGACUUCAAAGGCUGAUGGGUCGAGUUUGCAGCCUACGAGACUGUGGGCACAUAACAAGAAGCAGAAGUGCAUUCUGGCGACUUUUCAUGGUGAAUGUGGUUUCACAAGACUGCAAACCCCAGAGCAUAAAUUUUCACUUACAUUUUCUUUCCAGAAAUAAUUUCAUAUCGCCGAUUACCCUACUAAAAAGUCAAUGUCAGAUUAGCUACCGAAGUUUUUCUGUAGGAUGGGUUCAAAGGUGAGUGCUUCUAUUUGAUGAAGGUCGUUUUUCAUCAUCUAAACUAAAGCUUAAGAGGUUAGAACUGGUUUCAUACUGCCUGCGUGAAUCUUGGGUUUAUUAGGUGAAGUUAACUGGCCUGACUAGAAAUGAGAGGAGCACAGAUCUUUUCCAGAAUGGACACUUCUAACCGCAGCCCACGUCCCAUGAACACCUGCUGGAGCUGGGAGGACGAGGGGCCUGCGUUAAGGAACGUGGUGGGCUCACGUCACUCUGUGAAAAUCACUCAAUGCACAUUACCUAGAGAGUUUAUACAAAGGUUAGCAUAUUUCUUUGAAAAUCAGUUGAAAUGGAAGCAUUUGUUACUUCUGUCCCCCUUACUGCGCUUAGAAGAUCCAGAGUUUUUUUAAAUAGAAAAGUGGUUAUUUAUAAAGAUAAUGACUUUAUUCUUUGGCCUGUGUCUUAUACUAAGGGCUUUCAAAAUGCCAACGUAUCAGGUUCCCCUACUACUGAAAUGCAACACAAGUUAAGUAGUCUUAGAAGACUCCACUACGUUUUAAAACCAGAAGAAAAGCAUGUUUGUAGGCAGUGUUCAGGUGAACAGGGUGUAACUCAUAGUGUGGUUUGACCAGGAUGUUCCAGGGUUCCCGCCCUUCAUGUAACUUGCAUUAGCAUUGUAAUCUCCUACCUUAGCCCCAUGAUGCUGGAGCUAAAAGUGUGACGCUUCUAUUAAUGCGCUGCACCCACUAGAAUUGUUUCUUGAGCUAAGACAGAAAUGAACCCAGUUCAGGCAGCUCAUUUGCUCUUAAUCUUUUUGCCCUGGAGAGGAAUUAACUGAACAGGAUUUGUUUCCUACCUGAACCCACAUGAUCAGAUCUGGCCUUUGUGUUUUAACUGAGUACCAUGAACUGUUACAUUUGCACUUAAAAAGAAAUAGACCUUUAGACAUCAUUGUGUCAGAGUGCACUAAAAUACUUUGUUUCGGAUUUGCCCCAUCCAAAGUGCCUUUUAUCUCAUUUAAAGUGAACAUUACAAAUCUGUCAUUCAUAGGACAUUUUUAUCUUCUCACUUAUUAUCCGGUGCUUUUCUCUCUAUGCAAGACAGUAAAUCUAAUGAGCCCUCUUACUGUGGAUGAACGUUUCUCUACCCAUAGUCUUCGAUUCCAAUAUCUAAGUGUUCUUUUGCCUGAGUUCGGUACUUCUCAUGACCUCAGUUCCUUUAACCAACAUGGGACAUCAGAGUGUUUCAUGGUAACCCGCAAUCCUUUGUGUCUAGCUAGUGCCCAGUCACAACUGAUUGAUUUUUUUCUCUCUUUCCCCGCUUGCUUAGAUUGCUCUUAAGCUUUGGACUCAUCAACUCUAUGAGCAUUGCCUUUAGGAAACUUGUGAAAUAUUUAGGAUUUGACCAUAGGAUGUCCAUGAAAAUGCAAGUUACAGUUUCCCCAAGGGGCUUCGCGUGAUGCACAUAUGUGUGCCGUUGUUUGCAAUCUGACCACUUCUGUUAAGACAAAGGGAUGAUCAAAGUAGAUGGGGUUGUGCUCCUUUUUAUAACCAGAAUGCAUUUUUCAUAUGUAGAGCCCUUAUUAACGUCAAAGACCACCACUUAGCUGGAAAAAGCUAGAUAGAUGAGAAUGAGACUUUGGCCAAAAAUCCAGAAACAUCACUUUCAAUCAGUAGAGAAAUACUGAAGGUUGAAAGCCAGUUUCAUUUGAUACUGUAUUUACAGAAUCCUGGGUUAUUUUUAUCAAGAUGACAUUUUACCACCACCAACUGCAGAAACAUAAAAAUGUAUUCUAUACUCUUUGUGAACACUUGAGAAAAAAACUCCAAUUUGCAUUUCAUGUUGGGAUAUCCUACAGCACUCAGAGGGACUCAGCUGUGGGGUGCUGGUGCCCAGAAACAGUCAUCAGCUCGUAGCAGGACUGGGAAUGUGAACCACGGUGACAUUUAAUGCUGUGGAAACUCAUCGACAAGAAUGAGACAAGGAUUUGGAAAAUGAGCAACCACAUAAAGGCAUGGUUUUCUAAUUUUGUGUAUAUGGAAUAUAUUUUUCAAAUACAGAUUUUUCUACUUUAGAUAAAAUGUUAAUGUUGCUCUUACAUAGGUUAAGCACUGUUGUCUGUGCCAGUAAGAAAAAGAAAAACUGUCAUUGCUUUCAGGUAGUCAGUUUGAAUCACUUUGGAUAUCAUCACUAUUUUUGCAUACUGGAAUUUAUAAAUUUGUACAUUUUCAUUUUCUUAUGCAAACAGUUUUGUAAUCUUUUUUUUAAUUUGUAAAUAAAAUUGUUCCCUGGUGUCCCUA